UUUCUCCUCUCUCUGUGUAUCUCUCUCUCUCUGAGACCAGUUUCCGGAAGUGGAAGCUUUUUCGUUGGUCAUCCAAGAAAACUCCAUCCAAAGCCUCCCUUGCACCAAUAAAGAAACCAUCUUUUCUAUGUUUUCUUAUCCUUUUAGCUUCUCCCUGUUCUAACACCUCCAACCUCUUCAAUCCCUAAACUGAGCCCGAUCCCUGUUCGAGAUUCUACAUUUCUCCUUGAAUCUCAAGAAAAUGGCAAGUAUCCGGGUUUCUCGCGGUUAGGUCGAGGUUGGCGAGCCUAACAUGGAGAGGAGCCACAAGAUCAAGCUACUUCUCGGUUUCCUCUGCUCAUUCCUUGCCCUCCUUGUCUUGUUGGCAUUGUGCCAUUACUUUCGGAAAAGAUUAAGGUGGCGAGGGAGGCGCAAAAGCGAGUCCUUGGAGGUUGGCGACGAGAGAGGAGGGGCUGGCGCGGAGGAGGAGGGGGAGGAGGAGUUGGAGGCGGAAGGGCUGGUGAAGUUCGCCGGGGCCGAGAGCUUGACGGUGCACGACAUCUUGGAGGCGCCGGGGGAGGUAGUCGGGAAGUCGAGCUACGGGACGCUGUACAGAGCCAGAAUCGAGCGGAGCGGCUCGGUGUUGCUGCUCCGGUUCCUGCGGCCAUCUUCCGCCGGCCGGACCGGAGAGGUGCUGCUCGUGGCUCGGGCGCUGGGGGCCGUCCGGCACCCGAACUUGGUGCCGCUGCGCGCGAUGUACGUGGGACCGCGAGGGGAGAAGCUCUUCUUGCAACCCUUCUAUGCCGCGGGGUCUCUGAAGCAGUUCUUAAGAGCUGGUGUUGCUGAAGCACACAGAUGGGACAUCAUUCUUAAGCUAUCCCUUGGAAUUGCCAAGGGGCUGGAUCAUCUUCACACAGGAUUGGAGAAGCCCAUCGUGCACGGCAAUCUCAAGACGAACAACAUUUUGCUAGAUGCAGAUUACCAGCCUCACCUUGCAGAUUUUGGCUUGCAUCUUAUGUUGAAUCCAGCGGCAGCCCAGGAAAUGCUCAAAGCCUCUGCAGCUCAGGGAUACAAAGCCCCUGAGCUGGUUAAGCUGAAAGAUGCUAGCAAAGAGACUGAUGUCUACAGUUUGGGAAUAAUCUUAUUUGAGAUGCUCGCUCAAAAGGAUCCCAUUAACAUCAACUUGUUACAGUCCAAGGAUUUCCAUCUUCCAAUCUCAUUAAGAAACUUGGUUCUUGAUCAUAAAAUCUCAGAUGUCUUUGACUCCGAGCUCCUAAGCCAGAGUUUAGAUAAAAAUUCUGGUAAGGCGCAUGGUCUACUGAUGCUUUUUCAACUGGCAAUUGCUUGUUGCUCUCCUUCGCCUGCUUCGAGACCAGAUACAAAGCAUGUUAUUUCACGGCUGGAAGUUAUUGCCUGAAGAUGAGUUCUCUAUUCUGCCAUGGUAGCAAAGUACUCCGUUGUUAUCAACAAUCAUUGUUCAUUCAGCUGUGGUGGCAUAGCACAUCAUCCUAAUGGCAUUAUGACAAAAACCUCAGGUUGUCGAAAUAGAGGUGGGAAAUCUUUUAAUUUGUGAUCUGGAUGACAGCAUGUUGUUGGGAAAGUGGUAUCCAAUGUGAGCUCGGUUGUUGCUGAGGAACCAUCAGCAGUGUGGAUCUUGGGAUUGACUUAUUUUGUAUUUUUACAGAGAUGGACAAGGAACUUUAAAUGCUUGAAAGAUUGAACUUUGGCUACAUUUGGAGGACUGCAUGAGCUGGACAGUCGGGUUGUGCAAGGAUGUGAAGCCAAGAAAGGGCAAUGACAACUGCAUUCACCUCUUCUGAGCUCCCAGUUUUAUUGAUCUGACUCAACUGUACUCACCAUACUGUAGAUGCAUUAGUGGAAUCUUCUCUUGUUUAAGGUAGUAGCCUCCUGAUUUGCUGAAUAGAACAACAGAUGUAAAGCAUGGAGGAAUUUCCCUUGUUAUAAUUAAAGCUGUCAUCUUCCCAAGGCAUUAGGCAUGAGCAGAAACUUGUCCAUAAGAGUUAGGCUAUGGUCUUUAUCUUCAGUUGGGUGUGGUUUUUAAAUGUUGACAUGCGCUUGAAAAAGUGGUGGUGUUGCAGAGAUUCCCUGCUCUACUGAUACCGACUUGAAUUGACCAGCUCCAAAAGUUGUCCUAAUUAAUUCAAUGCGUUUCUGUAUAUUGAUUAAUGGAGUGGUCCAGAAUGUCAUCUCCACUUCCUUGUUUUGUUUGACUCCAGUGAAGCAAUAUUGUAUCAUCUUAGAUAGCAAGUUAUGAUGAGGGGUGGCUCACUUAACAGCAGGCACUACAACUAUUUCUGAGCAAGUAUUUCUCAACCAAGUGGCUGUCUGAAUCACAACAUUAUCCUACAACUAUCUAUGUUUCAACAAAAUGGGCUGCAAGGUUUAAGGGUUCAGUAGAAGGCAGCAGAAGAAGAGCUUUUCCAUAUGACAUGUAUAAAAUCCCAGACUCUUUUGCAGCUUUUGCUUUGAGUUUUAAACGAUGUCCAGCCCUUGAUAACACAACACAAAGGACAGUGGAAAGUGAUUCAACCAGCAGGUGCUCCACUUGGUAAUGAUGGUAGGGACAUUAUGGCCACCAUCAUUCUAGUAACUGGCAAAGCUGCAAACUCAACAAGCUCAGUGCUCCUCCUUUUGUGGCAGUGCAUACUUGGACAAUCAUGCUUGGACCAGGUUAGUGCUGGGAGCUUCAACUCUGGCUUUCCAUUACUCGAAACUCAAAAAGUUUCUACAUAUUAAGUUGAGUUGAACUUAAGAUCUCAGAUGGUUACAAAGUUAAGAAACAAUUGUUAAUACCUAACUGGUGAUGCCUUUCUCUACAUAAAGGUAAACAUUACUUCGUCUCUUGUCCAGUUUGCAGUGGACCAAAAGUGUAAGAGCUCAAACAAGGUUGUUGCGAUGGUGCAGAACUGUGUCAUGCAAAUGAUUCUUGUUACUAAGAAGAGAGAUGACGACAGUUCAGCAAAUAUUGAUAUUACUCGAGAUCUGUAGCAUGGUGAUGUGUUUGUAUUCACCAUCAGGUUCAAUCUUUGUCUCCCUGCUAUUGAUUUCGGGAGAUGAAGAAACAAUGAUAAGCAGCAAAACCCUGGCGAUCGUCACUGCUAGUAUGGCUUGUGGUAGCAAGCAAGCAAGGUAGAACUCAUGAUCCUCUAGCUCUGAAACUUUUACUUGUGAUAGUAAAAGUAUCAUUCAUUUGCCAAGUUCUUAGCUCAAGCCCAAAAGCAAAGAAGCC